UUUUGUCUGGAUCAGCUCGGGAGAGUUCUUCCACCGGAAGCCUGUGUCUGGGAAGUUGUCAGAGUUUUGCGGUUUUGCACACAAAUCUUUGAGGCGCAAAGUGCUUUCGUGAGUUCUUGUUCGUUCACCAGGAAAAAAAGGUGUGACAGGUGUUGAUGAAAUUGAAGAGUUUCCUCCGAGCACUUAAUUGAGGGUUGUUUUUCUAUCGCAAGUGAGUGGGAAAAGAUCGCGAAAAAUAACAAUCGAAGCAGGCGUUUGCUGGGUGGUGUGUUCCAAGUGAAGUGAAGUGAGUGAGGUUAUGUGUUUGCGCAUAGCGUGACUUGACGUCGACGUCUUUAAGUAAACGACACGCGUCAAAAGUAGGGCGCCAACUACGAGGGUGGUGGAAGAUAAUCCGAUUUGAACCUUUGCAAAUCUAAUAAUCUAUUCGUGAUUCGAUAACAGUAACAAUGAUUUCGAUCUGAUUGAAACGAUCUCGACGUUGGCUGUGGUAGCGAAAUAUUUUCAACAAGGUUGUAUCUUCAUAAAAAAUAAUUUUCCUCAUGAAACUUGAAUUGCGCGAAAAGUGAGUGUUGAAAAGGUGCAAAAAACAAACACAUUUCCCAACCACCUUAGUGAGCAGAAUUGUUUGCUGUACGGAAAGGGAGUGAGUGGCUCAUGAAAAAGGCAUGAAUCCCCAUCGGCGGAGGUGUUGAACGAGGUGAACUCAUGGAUAAUAAAAAUAAAUAACACCCGAAAAUAAAAAGAGCAGCCAGAAAUCAGCAACCGUGUUUGGAUCGCGCGUAGCAGAACGGGAACAGAAAAAAGCCGUACGAUUAAUAUUUAAUUUCAUUUUUGGAGCUUCGCGCCCCUUGCAACGAAUAACCCAAAAAGCGAAUCAGCAUUAUAGUAAUCGAAGCUACCCCCCGGUCGAUCGGAACAGCAAACCGCCAAAAUUUAUCCCCACGAGAUGGACUACUCCUACCUGAACCAGGCGGCAGCCGGAUUCGAUUCCAGCUGCCUCCAGGGCGGUAUGGAUCCGACCGGUUUGGGCAACAUGCCGUGCACCUACGGUGAUUUGACCUCGUGCAGCCAGAUGUCCCAGGCGGCCUACACACGAUAUACGGCGGCGGCGGCUUCGAUGGCCCGGUCGUACAACCCGGUUGGAUCCGGCGUUGGACCGGGCAACGUGACGAUGAGUGCGCUGCACCAUGCAGCGGCGGCCGCCGGUCCCGGAAGUCAGUGCUCGGUGAUGGGCGGACGCAGCCACCAGGAUGUGCACCGGGCGUCCAUGUUCCAGACGUCGAUGAAUUUGCAAUCCGGCCUGCCCUACAAGGUCUACUCCGGGCACGAUUCCGUGCUCGCGGAAAAGCGGAAACAGCGUCGGAUACGAACCACCUUCACAUCCGCCCAGCUUAAGGAACUGGAACGGGCCUUCCAGGAGACGCACUAUCCGGACAUUUACACCCGCGAGGAAAUUGCCAUGAAAAUUGACCUCACCGAGGCGAGGGUGCAGGUGUGGUUCCAGAACCGACGAGCCAAGUUCCGGAAACAGGAACGGAUCGCCCAGCAGAAAGUUUCAAGCAAUAACAACAACAAUAGUAAUACGAGCAACAACAAUAAUAACAACCAGGACUCGUCCUCGGUGAAGAGCGAGCAGAAAUCGUCGUCCAAUAACGGCGGUGGCGGCAGUACGACCCCAAAGGACAUCAAGCCGGGUUCACCGCUGUCCAAUGUUUCCACCACGCCCAACUCGAGUGCUUCCUCCCACCAGUCCAAUGGAGAUAUCAAACCCAUCAAUGGAAAACUCUCCGAUUCGGAUCUGAACGGCCUGGCGGUGCCGCACCACGGUGGACCCGGUGGUGGUGCAGCAGGCGGCGGCAUUGGGUCGCUCCACCACGGCACCAACAACAACAACAGCAGCAGCAGUAAAUGGAGCUCCUCGUGCAAUCCUCUGCUGCAGAGCCAGAAGGCGUCCUCGGCGGUGAACCAUCUGGGCAUGAAUCACAAUCUGCAGAAUCAUCAUCACCAUGCGGUGGCAGCGUUGUCGUCUCCAUUCUCUUCGCUGCUGGGAGCAGGCGGUGGAGCCGCCGGGUACUUGUUGGACCCGCUCGGGGGGUUGAACAAAACUACCGCGGCCAAUCAUUUGUUCUAAUUCCGACGAGGUGGCGCUAAUAGCUAAGGGCAUUCCAUUACUAGUCAUAGGUUUAAGGUACGAGAUGCUUACGAAUAAGAAUCAGUGGAGGAGCUUCACUUUUGUAGAUAUAGGAAUAUUUUUUUCGUAAGGAAAUCGUAGAUCACAAUCAAAACGGGGGAAAAAAACAAAUCCAGGCAUCGAUAGAAAAUCGCUUUUGAAACAAAAUUAUGCUGCUCUCUAGAUGCAAUGCAGAAGCCGAGCCAAACACAAAAGCAGAGUUUAGCUGCGCUAAAUAGACGAAGAAGUAGGUAAAGAGUUUUACGUUUGUCUGAUGACGACUGUGACAGUGCUGUCCGUUCGACGAGAUUGAGUGACGUUAAUUAAUAGGUACCUAGAGCAGAAUGUAACCGUUUUGCCUCCUGAUUCACGGUCGAACGUCAGGCUUGGACUCGAAGGAUUUCAUUUUCCAGACUUUGCAGCAGUUGAAGGUUGAUUUGAUUGCGCGGUGGGUUGAAAAUAUUAAAAAUCACUAAAAAUCAUUCACAUUUCGAAGAAACUUUC